GCCCCUCCCCGCAGACCGGCGACGCUCGAUAUGGGAACUUCCCUGCUUUCACAGAGAUGUACUACACUGCUCCCUUGAACUUAACAUGGUGCUACCAUGUUAAGUAAUGUGGAAGUAGGAAGUGCUCCUGCCUACAUGCAGUUAUCACCUGUGAUGCUAAGAUAUGAGGAUGCCAGGAUGCUAUGAAGGAGGCUUCAGUCUGACCUAAAGGCAUAGGAAAAUUACAGAGGUGUAUUCCAGAGUUGACUGUUCAUGGCACAUACAAAUGGAGGGUGCUCACUGGCACUUAUUUUUAUCAUUGUGUUGUUGUUGGUUAAAGCAAAUAUAGAUGUAUGCAAGAGAGGAGAUGUGACUGUGAAGCCUUCCCGUGUAAUUUCACUUGGAUCAGCUGUCAAUAUUUCAUGCUCUUUGAAGCCUGAACAAGGCUGCUCACAAUAUCCCAGUGUUAACAGGCUAAUCCUCUACAAGUUUGACAGACAAAUCCAUUUUCUGCAUGGUCACUUCCUCAGUUCUCAAGUCACUGGUCUUCCUCUGGGUACAACCCUGUUUCUCUGCAAAUUGGCAUGUAGUAAAAACAAGGAGUUUCGAAUUUGUGGGGCAGAGAUCUCGGUUGGUGUUGUUCCAGAACAGCCUCAAAACUUAUCUUGUAUACAAAAGGGACAACAUGGGACUGUAACCUGCGUCUGGGACAGAGGACGAGAUACCCACCUAUAUACUGCAUAUACUUUACAGUUAAGUGGACCAAAAAAUUUCACUUGGCAGAAGCAAUGUAAUGAUCAUUAUUGUAAUCAUUUGGACCUUGGAAUUAACCUAACCCCUGAAUUGCCUGAAUCCAGUUAUACAGCCAAGGUUACUGCUGUCAAUAGUCUUGGAAAUGCUUCUUCAAUUCCAUCCACAUUUACAUUUUUGGACAUAGUGAGGCCUCUUCCUCCAUGGGACAUCAGAAUCAAAUGUGAAAAUGCUUCUGUGAGCAGAUGUAUCCUUCAGUGGAGAGACGAGGGGCUGGUAUUGCUUAAUCGACUCAGAUAUCGGCCCAAGAGCAGCAGGUCCUGGACUCUGGUCAAUGCUACAAAUGCCAAAGGAAGACAGGAUCUGCUGGAUCUGAAACCAUUUACAGAGUAUGAAUUUCAGAUUUCCUCUAAACUACAUCUGUAUAAAGGUAGCUGGAGUGAUUGGAGUGAACCAUUCAGGACACAAACACCGGAAGAAGAGCCUACUGGGACCUUAGAUGUCUGGUACAUGAAACAGCCCAUUGACUCUGAUAGACAACAGAUUUCUCUUUUCUGGAAGAAUAUGAGUAUAUCUGAGGCAAGAGGAAAAAUCCUCCACUAUCGAGUGACCUUGCAGGAAGUGGCAGGAGAGAAAGUCACAAUACAGAACAUCACAGAACACACCUCCUGGACCUGGAUCAUUCCCAGAACUGGGAACUGGGCUGCAACUGUGUCUGCAGCCAACUCAAAAGGCAGUUCCCUGCCAGCUCGUAUUAACUUAAUGGACCUGUGUGAGGCAGAGUUGUUGGCUCCUCGUCAGGUCUCUGCACACUCAGAGGGUGUGGACAACAUGAUGGUGACUUGGGAGCCCCCUGGGAAAGCUGCCCCUGCUGUCCAGGAGUAUGUGGUAGAGUGGAGGGAGCCCCAUUCUGGGAGUGGCACACAGCCCUCUCUAAACUGGCUGCGGAGUCCCCCCUACAAUGUGUCCACUCUGAUUUCAGAGAACAUUAAACCCUACAGCUGUUAUGAAAUCUGUGUGUAUGCUCUGUCGGGGGACCGGAGAGGGUGCAGCUCCAUCCGGGGUAACUCUAAGCACAAAGCACCACUGAGUGGCCCCCACAUUAAUGCCAUCUCAGAGGAAAAGGGGAACAUUUUAAUUUCAUGGAAUGAAAUUCCAGCCCAGGAGCAAAUGGGCUGCAUCCUCCAUUACAGGAUAUACUGGAAGGAACAGGACUCCAAUUCCCAGCCUCAACUUUGUGAAAUUCCCUAUAGGGUAUCCCCAAAUUCACAUUCAAUAGACAGCCUGCAGCCUGGAGUAACAUAUGUCCUGUGGAUAACAGCUCUGACAGCUGCUGGUGAAAGCCCCCCAGGAAACAAGAGGGAAUUUUGUCUGCAAGGUAAAGCCAAUUGGAGUGUGUUUGUGGCACCAAGCAUUUGCGUUGCUGUCGUCAUAGUGGGCAUUUUCUCAAUGCGUUACUUCCGGCAAAAGGUAUUUGUUCUCCUUUCAGCCCUCAGACCUCAGUGGUGUAGUAAAGAAAUUCCAGACCCAGCGAAUAGCACUUGGGCCAAGAAAUACCCCACUGUGGAGAAGAUGCAGCUACCCUUGGACAGGCUGCUGACAGACUGGCCCACUCCUGAAGAACCUGAGCUGCUGGUCAUCAAUGAAGUCCUUCAUCAAGUGACCCCAGUCUUCAGACAUCUUCACCCCAACUGGCCUGACAAGGGACAAGGAGUACAAGGUCACUAUACCUCGGAGGAAGACACAGGAUACAGUGCCUCAAGCCUACCACCUCCAAAAGCUCUCAUAGGAGAGACAGGACAACUCGUGGAUCUAUACAAGAUGCUGGGGAGUAGGGGCCCUGACUCAAAGCCAGGACACCUAGCCAGCCCUGUGACAGGGCUCCCAGUGGACUACCUUCCCACCCAUGAGGGAUACUUACCCUCGAACAUAGAAUAUCUUCCUUCACACGAGGCUCCUAUAACUGAUCCUCUGGAAGAACUAAAGCCUCAGCACAUCUCUCUUUCCAUUUUCCCCUCAAGUUCUCUUCACCCACUCACCUUCUCCUGUGAUAAGAAGCUGACUCUGGAUCGGAUAAAGAUGGGGUGCAGCUCCCUCAUGCUGUGAGUGAAGCUUGGAAAGUUCAUGUGCCCCCAACCCCCAAUGUGUCUCUCAUCCCCAGCCCACUGCUCCUGUGGUCGUCACCUCUGAGGUGCUGUCAGGUCUGUUUCCAAAUAGAGGGCAAACAAAAAGCUCAGGGUGAAUCUUAGGAACUGAGAAUUGGCUGUAACCCAGAUGCCUGUCUUGCUCUCUCCAGAGCCUUAGGAUUAUAGUUAACGCUUGAACAAUUUGAGGGUUAGGGCUUAAGUCUGCAUAAUUUCUGACUACCCAGAAAGUUAACCAUUGUUGGCUUAUUGACCACUCUUACUGUAACAUAAACACUUAUUUUGUGCAUGUAAUAUAUACUGUAUUCUUAAGGCUAGAGAAAAAUGUUAAGAAAACCAUAAGGAGAAAUAGAUUUAUAGUACUGUAUUUAUUGAAGAAAAUCCACCUAAGUAGACCUGUGUUAAACCAGUUCAAACCUGUGUUAUCCAAGGGUCAAUGGUACCCCGUGUGUACCUAGAGACUCCAAUCUGGGUUCCCACACCUUUCUUCACCAGGUUGGCCAGUAAAGGGAAAGGACAGAAUGGAAACCAAGGCUCUUACUAGCAAUGGCUAACAGUCCAAGCUUUCUAAAGCUGCUACUCCAUACCAGGUCAUACACCUAGAUCAGUAGCACCCAACAGGCCUAAGACAGAAAUGUUCUCUAAAUAUCUUUACUGUUCAGUGCAGUCGAAAUGAACCACAUUGGCUGCUGACCACUUUGGAAUGUGUCCAGUAUGACUGAGAAGUGAAUUCUGAUUGUAAUUAGUCACAUAUGGCUAGUGGCUACUGUUUUGGAAGGCACAGGUCUAAAUGACGGAUAUACACUAGUAAGAAUUACAGGGAGUCUUCAAAACAGAUCGACCCAGUUUUACAGGGGAGGACUAAAAGAUCAUAAUGAACAUCAGUAUUAAAAGGGCUCGCAAUAUGGUCAUGACUGUUCUUAUUUAUGAAAGACUAUGCAAAUAUACCUUUUAUCCUGUUGUUUUAUUUUGUCUUUACCCUCUUUCGGUGAAUCAGUAACAGCUUAGUGGUGGAAAGUUACUCUAAACUUGCUAUAUGGGCAAACAAGGUAUGUUUUAGAAAGGAGUGGGCCAAAGGCUUUCCGACACCUUGUUUCCUCUUCUUUCUGCUGUAGCAGCUGCUAAGCCUUCAGGAUCAGAGCUAUCUCAAGGUCUAAGACCCAAACCACUAUGGUUGCACUCACGUCAUCCCCUUUUCCCCCAAGGCAUCCUGCAUUUCCUUCCUCAGGAAGCCUGAACUAGUGGUAACUGAGCCUAGGAGGUAAUUCUUUUUCCCAGCAUGAACUUGGAACAUGACACAUGUUUUACUCACUUAAAGCUGUGGCCACUGGCUUGUCACCUUCCCCAACCCAUCACUGCUUCUGUCCCUUCACUGUAAGCCCUUCUGCUAAGCUGGUAAGGGAAGUUUGUUCAAAAUGCUAAUAGUACCCUUUCCAAUAUAACAGGAUGAAAAGUCCAAGAACCUUCUUCUUAAAUCCCUGUGAAGCCCAGGGCCUACACCCUAGCCUGAUCCCAACCCAAACACUGGCUCUGAGACAGCUUUGGUUUCCCAGAUGUCCCUCAGAGCUCUAGGAAUUGAAGUGACGAACAUUUGCUCUGCAUGUUCAAUUCUUUAUGCUUCCUGCCAUUCCAGAUUUAAUAUAGUUCUCUCAGGCUUUCUUUGAAAAACUUAAGUUCCUUCUUUACACCCCUUUUCUACUCUAUUUAGGUGCUCAGUGGCACCCCCAGAUGGUUUCUUUAAUCUCAGCAGCUUGAGCAUUUGUCUACACCCAGGAUGUGAUACCUGACUGUUUACAAUGGGUCAUAACAGACAAGGCCACCUCCUCAGAAGCAAGCUAAAAUUGUCACCUCUUGACAAUGGAAGCCAAAUUCUCCUCUUGCAAUACCUGCUUUACCUAGCUCUGAUUUUCUGUUGCUGGCCUGAUAACCAUCUUAAUCAUUCUUCCUCUCCUCACUUGGACGAACACCCAACUCCCAAUUUCCCUAUUACCCACCUAGACCCUUUCCCUUCUCCAAGUGAUAAUACAGUUAGUCUCUUUUCCUAAAAAGUAAAAAUAACUUACUGGACUGUAAAUAACUUGAAGGCAGGAAUAAUAUGCUUCCCUCAUACCUGGUUCAGAGUAGGCUAUCAAUAAAAAUUAAGAGCCAUCACCUGCCACUGUUUGAACCUUGUUCCUUCUGUUCCAGAAGCCAAUCUGGCUGUGCCUGCUUCGUUUUAUUGGGACACUUGAGUUUGUAUUUGUUCUUCAUUCCCAACAUUCUACCCUACUGUCCGCUGACAACAUUGCUAUAAUACAUGUAGCAGUGGUUCUUAUUUUAAAGACCUAUUUGAGCCUGCCUUUGGCCGCUCACUCUGCUAGAUAAAAUAUCCUCUUUCCAUGAAUGAGAGGAUGGGUAACCCUGCUCUGCCCAUGCUCUGCCCUUGCCAAGCAGUUUUUGAUUGCAAUCCCCUCGUCCUGCAGAUGCAGUCAAAAUACCAAAUUGGGCUGCUUCCUUUAACCAGGACUAUGUUGAACUCAUGAAUAUCCAUACAUAUUCACAACACACUCAGCUUUCAUUACACAGGAAAAUUAGCUAUGACUUUAUUCUUAACUCCUUCCAUACAUCCCAAAGCCAACACGGAAAUAUCUGCUCUACUGAAACACAUCAAAUUCCUUAAUUCUCUUGAAUCCUCAAUCUACAAAGAGGGAGCAAGUUCACUCUUAAUGGAUUCAUGGACAUCUCCACCAUGAAUUUCUGCAUAGAGAUUCUCAAUUAAAUUGCCCCUUGAAAGGGCCUCCUCUCCCCGAAGCCAGAGAUUCUAUUUCUUGGGUCUCUGUCUUCCUUUUAGGCAAUAAGAAAGUCAAACUAGUGCUAUCUAGUUCUUUCCCUUUACUGACUUUUCCCUUCCAUUCUGUCCUACUUUCUCAGCUUCCAUUAAUAGCCCACAGCUGCAACUCACCAAUGCCCUGAGGCCAGUGAAAAACAUGCCAGCUAGGCACAUUCUAUUCUUGUCAAUCCCCUAUGUUCAAUUCUUGGUUUUUCUCCAUUAGGCUGUCUUUUUCUUUCAUCUGAUACAGUUGUGAUCUGUUCCAAUAGCUCAAGCGCCCUGGUGCCCCGCCCCCCCCCAAAGCCCCAUUUUUCUCUUCCUAACCUGCAGGACUCCUGGACAUUCAUAUUAUACACCCUGUGAAAAGCUGAUAGUUCAACUCUCAAGUAAAUCACUUCUCUAGAGUAAGAGAUCAGAAAGGUCUCUCCCUUCCCACUACAAAGAUAAUAAUUCAAUCAAUUGCCUGUCAAUGGAAAGAAGUCAGAUCUUUGUCACAGCGUAUACUAGAAUAAAUCUCCAGUAAAUUAAAACUUUGCAAAACAUACACACCAAGUUAGAUAAAAAGUAUUUGCAAUUAUAUGCCCAAAAGAAAUUAGGUGCUCUUAUAGAUCAGUAUGAAAAAAGCCAACACUUUAAAGAAAAAUGGACUAAGUAGAGCCAACUUACAAUACAUGUAACUGCAAUAAACAUAAACAAUCACCUAUAAUCAAAGGAAAGAUAAUACCAUUUUUCAUUUAUCAAAUUAGCAAAAACUAAGGGAAUAAUUGGCCAGUAUUAAUUAGAGAAACUGGUGCACAGAACCAGGAAUAUCAGUUGGCUUUCUGGAGGCAGUUGACAAUAAUAAUAAAAUCUGAGUAAGCCAACUCAACACCUAGCAAUGUAGACUAAAUAAAGAACAGUAUUCAAAUUGGAUAAAGGAUUGAUCACAUCAUAGGUUAAAAUGGAGAGGGGGCGUCAAUGCCCUUCAGUACCUGGUUAAAUCAAUCUAUACAAUAAAACACUCAAUUUCAUUGAAUCUAAGAUUCCACUAGUUUUAGGACACACCAUUACUUUAUGCUCUGAGUCAGAAAAAGUGCUAAACUGUAAUAUGCCAUCGAUUUCUAUGGACGUUCCCCCUGCCCACACCAUUUUAACAUGCCUGAAAUUGGAAUGGAUCUUAGCACUGAUGAAAGGCAUACUAUAUAGGUUUUUUACCAGUAUAACAAUAUUUGACAUGGAAAUGGUCAGUUACAAAAGGUUGAAUAGAAUCAUCUCACUUUUAUAAAUCAGUGCAAAACAAAAAAUGCUAGAAUAUACACCAAAAUACUCUAGUGGCUAUUUCUAGCCAUAGGUGUUUAAAUUACAUUCUUGUAUUCUUUUCACCAAAUAUGCAUUACUCUUGUAAUUGGAUAAAGUCAAUAAAAUAUGAAGUUAUUACCAA